AGCCCUCCACCCCUCUACGAGAUAAAAGGGGGAAGUCAAACCGCGACUUGGCCACGCCUGCCCCCUCUUCUCCACUCCAGGGCUCCGUCUCUCUGCCUCUCUCUCCUGACAUGUCGUGCCGCUCUUUCCAGGCAGGCUCCAGGUAUGGUACUCAGAAUUUCAGCUCAUGCUCGGCCAUCAUGCCCCGAAUGGUCACCCACUAUGAGGUGAGCAAGGGCCCGUGCCGGUCUGGGGCUGGUGGGGGCCUCCGCGCCCUAGGCUGCCUCGGCUCCCGGAGCCUGUGCAAUGUGGGCUUCGGGAGGCCCCGGGUGGCCUCCAGGUGCAGCCUGCCUGGCUUUGGGUAUCGAGCAGGGGCCACCUGUGGGUCUUCUGCCUGCAUCACCCCUGUCACCAUCAAUGAGAGCCUUCUGGUCCCGCUGGAGCUGGAGAUCGACCCAACCGUGCAGAGGGUGAAGAGGGAUGAGAAGGAGCAGAUCAAGUGUCUCAACAACCGCUUUGCAUCCUUCAUCAACAAGGUCCGGUUCCUGGAGCAGAAGAACAAGCUGCUGGAGACCAAGUGGAACUUCAUGCAGCAGCAGAGGUGCUGCCAGAGCAACCUGGAGCCCCUCUUUGAGGGCUACAUCUGCGCCCUGCGGAGGCAGCUGGACUGCGUGUCAGGGGACCACACGAGGCUGGAGUCGGAACUCUGCAGCCUCCAGGAAGCGCUGGAGGGCUACAAGAAAAAGUAUGAAGAGGAGCUCUCCCUGCGCCCCGGCGCCGAGAACGAGUUUGUUGCCCUGAAAAAGGAUGUGGACACGGCCUUCCUGGUGAAAGCUGACCUGGAGACCAAUGUGGAGGCUCUAGAACAGGAGAUCAACUUCAUGAAAGGCCUGUUUGAGGAGGAGAUCCUCCUGCUGCAGUCUCAGAUCUCCGAGACCUCAGUCAUUGUGAAGAUGGACAACAGCCGGGAUCUGGACGUGGACGGCAUCGUGGCCGAGAUCAAGGCCCAGUAUGACGACAUUGCCAGCCGCAGCAAAGCUGAGGCAGAGGCCUGGUACCAGUGCCGGUACGAGGAGCUGAGGCAGACAGCUGGGAACCACUGUGACAACCUCCGCAACCGCAAGAAUGAGAUCCUGGAAAUGAACAAGCUGAUCCAGCGGCUGCAGCAAGAUAUUGAGACUGUCAAAGCUCAGCGCUGCAAACUCGAGGGCGCCAUAGCCGAGGCAGAGCAGCAGGGCGAGGCRGCCCUGAGCGAUGCCAAGUGCAAGCUGUCGGGGCUGGAGGAGGCCCUGCAGAAGGCCAAGCAGGACAUGGCCAGGCUGCUGAAGGAGUACCAGGAGGUGAUGAACUUCAAGCUGGGCCUGGACAUCGAGAUCGCCACCUACAGGCGCCUGCUGGAGGGCGAGGAGCACAGGCUGUGUGAAGGCAUCGGGCCCGUGAAUAUCUCGGUGAGCAGUUCCAAAGGCGCUGUCCUGUAUGAGCCCUGUGUGGUGGGCACACCCAUGCUGAGGACGGAGUACUGCCCUGGAAGCACAGGUGUCCUCAGGAGCAGCGGGGGCUGCAGCGUGGUGGGCACCGGGGAACUCUACAUCCCCUGCGAGGCCCAGGGGCUCCUGGGCUGUGGGAGUGGGCGGAGCUCCAACAUGAAACUGGCGACUGGGGGCAGCUCUUGCACGCACUAA